AUGAUUACACAGCUUUUUUUUCAAUCUCCGACUUUCCGAGCCAGGCACCCGUACAUACUAAGCAACGUCCCUUCCCAUUGUUCCCCCUUUCCCCACAUAAUUUCCAGUUCUAAGCGGUACAAACCAUACCAUAAACCUUUGAAUACGUGUCUACAGACGCCAGAAAACGCCCUCCAUUCACAAAACCCCUCUGAACCUCUCCUAACCCACAUUCCCACACCGAGUCAUAUCCGUUUUGCCGCGCCAAAGAUAGAUCAUGCUGGGCAGCUGACAAACAUCUCCCGACGAUCGCGGUCUGAGAUAUCAGAAACCGACGCUUGCCGCAUUUGGAUAAAGGCGCACAGCCCGACGCGUGUCUCAACACGCAUAUGGUAA